AUGACACCGUCACAACUCAGCCUGUUCAACACCUUGAGUUACAUCCUGGCCAGUACUCUAUCGGAGUCGGACUCCUCGACUAGGAGGCAGCAGGAUACUUACGAUCAUUUGUGCUCCCUGUUCCAGAGCCGAUGCCCACAACAGAAUCCCGCUAUUUAUGGAAAUCCAAAUCUUCGAUUCUUUGGGUCACCCGUCGGAGUUGGUGCUGAAUCAGUCCAGCUUACGAGGAAUGCAACAGAAGGUCACAUUUUGUUGCAAGCGGGCAGAGCCCACGGUGUAACCCAUGGUGACCUCUUUUUUGCCUAUCCUUUUCACCAAAAUGAAGGGGGUCCCAAGAAUCUUUCGAGCCAGCCGCUACGUCUUUGCGUCGUCAAGGUUGGAGGGCUUACAUCAAUGUGCGAAGUCUUCAGUCAAGGGCCUAGCCAGCCCGAGAUCCAAACUGGAUGGAAAGCUCGAUGGCAAAAACGGAUGGCCCUACAACAAUAUCCGAUUCUAGUGUUGGGUAGUAAUGAACUGCUCAACGACUGGAGGACCGAAUCGGCACGCCGAACCUCCCUCGAUAUUCGGUAUGAAGACUCCGGCAACAUCACUUUCUCAUUCUACGUCACCCUCAGCGGCCACGGGUACUAUGAGAUUCGCGACCAGCUUCAUGAAACCAUAGAUAAAGUGCCAACGAUUGGCAACAUUGGCAGCGGGUCCGGUCUCGAACAUAUUCUCGAAGCAAUCGAGCAUCUCGUAUGGUUCAAACAUGUCAAAUCAAUCGUAAACCAAUCACCAUCUGCAAAUUUCAAAAAGUCUUUGAGCAUUCGGCUCACUGCUCCCUCUGACAAAGAUAUCGAUCCUACAGAAAUGGCUGAGGUGCGGGAUGGGGACAGACUGGUCCUCGAGGUGAAGAACUUGACCAGCAGUGCUCUAUUCCUCUACAUUUACCACCUAGACUCGAGCUGGCAGAUCCAAAACAUUGUUGGUGGCGCUUACAUGACAAUCCCCGCCCAGGACUCAGACAAGAACCACCUAGGGGUGACCCAGAAAGUCCUCAAGAUGUCGAUUCCGCCGGAAGUCAAAAGAGAAGGACAUGGUUAUUGUGAUGAUGUUGUGAAGGUUUUUGUCACGGCUCGGCCAGUCUCGUUCGCAUAUUUAGAGACACCGAAGCUCGGUGUCUCUGCCAAAGCUGACCCUCAAGGGGGCAUUCCAGUGGCCGUCCAAGACCCGAGCGAUACCGACGAGUCAGAUUGGGUGACAGUCAACUUUCAAAUUCGCACCAUCGCUAAGUAG